UCCAGCUACGUGGUCGACAUGGCGACCGACGAAAUACAACAAUAUUAGCUAUCAUAAAAACAGCUGAAGGUUGAUGGCAUUUAAUUGGAAAUUGUCAUACCACAUACUGAGUGUUCAUAAUGUCUGAACAAUUAGAUGAAAAUUGAUGUUCGGAAUAGUUUUAUUUUAUUACAGUGGAAUCUGUCAGAUCUUUUGCAUCACUCUGUUUUUUCGAAAAGAAACUCCACGCGACAACACACUUUAGGAUCUACCUUUCUUUGAAAAAGAAAGCAUCCGUCAAAGCUACAGUGCUUCCCCCAGAGACCUCCGUGGGUGACAAUGCCUGUGCAAGCGCCGCAAUGGACGGAAUUCCUGCUGUGUCCCAUCUGCACACAGCUGUUCGAGGAGAGCCUCCGCAAGCCCAUCAGCCUGGGCUGCGGCCACACUGUUUGCAAGAUGUGCCUGAACAAGCUGCAUCGCAAGGCCUGCCCCUUCGAUCAGACGGCUAUCGCCACCGACAUUGAACUGCUGCCAGUCAACACAGCCCUGCUGCAGCUGGUGGGAGGACAGGUGCCCAAACGGCAGCCGACCACCUUGGUGACAGGGGCAGAGGACAUAGCCCACUAUGAGAAAGCCAGUGAGUGUGUGGAGGAGCUGGCUCAGUACCUGAAACCCCUGAGCAACAGCAGAGGUGUGGGGCUGAGCACUAGCAGCGCCCAGAGUUCUCUGAGUCGGCCCAUGCAGAGGAAGCUGGUGACCCUGGUGCAUUGUCAGCUGGUGGAGGAGGAGGGCCGGGUGAGGGCCACACGGGCGGCCAGGUCUCUAGGGGAGCGCACCGUCACUGAGCUCAUUCUGCAGCACCAGAACCCCCAGCAGCUCUCCUCCAACCUGUGGGCUGCAGUCAGGGCAAGGGGCUGCCAGUUUCUCGGCCCAGCGAUGCAGGAGGAGGCUCUGAAGCUGGUGCUUUUGGCUCUGGAGGACGGCUCCGCUCUAUCCAGGAAGGUCCUGGUGCUGUUUGUGGUCCAGAGGUUAGAGCCACGCUUCCCCCAAGCCUCCAAGACCAGCAUAGGCCACGUGGUGCAGCUCCUCUACAGGGCCUCCUGCUUCAAGGUGACCAAGCGUGACGAGGACUCGUCCCUGAUGCAGUUGAAGGAGGACUUCUGGACGUACGAGGCGCUGCGGCGCGAACACGACUCCCAGAUCGUCCAGAUCGCAAUGGAGGGGGGCCUCCGCAUCGCCCCUGACCAGUGGUCUUCCCUGCUCUACGGGGAUCAGUCGCACAAGUCCCACAUGCAGUCCAUCAUUGACAAGUUGCAGACGCCAGCGUCGUUUGCUCAGAGUGUUCAGGAGCUGACCAUCGCCCUGCAGAGGACAGGUGACCCGGCCAACCUGAACCGCCUGCGACCACACCUGGAGCUGCUAGCCAACAUCGACCCAAGUCCAGACUCCCCUCCCCCCACGUGGGAGCUGCUGGACACGGGCUUGGUGGCAGUGAAGACUGUGGUACACGGCCUGGUGGACUUCAUCCAGAACCACAGCAAGAAGGGGAGCGACCCACAACAGCCACCCCAGCACAGUAAAUACAAGACGUACAUGUGUCGGGACAUGAAGCAGAAGGGGGGCUGUCCUCGAGGAACCAGCUGCACCUUUGCCCACUCUCAGGACGAGCUAGAAAAGUACCGUAAGAUGAACAAGCGGCUGGCUGCCCGCCGGCCCCUAAGCUUAUCCCUGACGCAGCUGAACGAGGUUGGCCUAUUGCCCGAGGAGGUGGGGAUGCUGGAGGGGCUGGCACACAAGGGCUUGACGAAUGGCAUGGUGGCGUCGGUCACAGGCUCCGCCCUGCCCCAGCUCAUCUCCCGCGGUGCCGACCCCUCCUACGAGCCCAUGAUGCGGAAGUCCCAGGGAAGCCUAAGUGCCCCCAGCUCUCCUCCAGACUUACUGGACCCGGUGCCCAAUCGGGCCAUGGCCCAUCCCAGGAUGGCAGUGGACCACCUGGCCAUGCACAAGCAGAUGCCCAGGAGGCCCUCCAUGUACCCCCCUCAGCAGGGAGAACUCUUCUACCCCCCUGAGCCCAGGGCACCUCCAUCAGCCCUGCAGUAUGAGGCCUCCCAGAACGCCCCAGGUAACCCCCCCUACCCCUACCAGCCCUCUCAGUACCCACCCCAGCCUCGCUACGUCCGAAACCCCCCUCCCACCAACGACCCGGCCUUGCCCCCUUACCCCGGCACCUACCCCCAGGAGCGCCAGUGUCCCCCUCCCCCUCAGCUCUCGAGUUCCCACUUCUCCAAUGCCAACCCCCAAGGGUUUGCGCCUCCUCCGCAUUAUGACGGCCGUCGACACCCUGCCUACCCCCCUCCACCACCACAGUCCUAUCCCCACCGGAAGGACCCCUCCAUGCCUGCGGACGAGGCCUCCAGAGAAAGAUACCUUCCUGAGGGUUACCACCCCUCUGGCCCCCACCCCAGCCACAUGAGGCCCUACACCCCCAGGGAGUCUUACAGCCGGCCCCAGCCCACUCCCAGUCUGGACUACUUGCACCGCCGACGCCAGGAGAUCAUGGCCCAGCUGGAAGACGGGAAGCAGGUCACUCCCCCACCCUUCGCCCCUUCACCUACUCUGCCACACCACUACGAGUCCAAUUACACACAGGAGCAACAGCAGUACUUGGAAAACUCACAAGCUUUUUCAAAGUACCGUGAGCCAGACUACGCGAGCCAGUACUCUCCUUGGUCAUGUGACACUAUCGGCUCCUACAUUGGCAGCAAGGAGGGGAAGUCCAGAGACAGUAUGGAGAGGAUGAACGCUGAGGGGAAAGGUGUGGAAGGCAGGCGCAGGGCUGCCGAGGCCAGAGAUGACGACCCUAUCAUCCCCUUCGGCUCUCUGCCCACCGUGUCACGCUUCGGGGUGAUCUCCCGCACCCCCAAGACUGGCUACUUGACUGCCGGGCCGGGGCAGGCCAUGACCCUCUCACAGGGGACCAAUGGUCCCAAACACGGCGCUGCAACAGGUACAGCAAGAACUCGCACACCUUUUGGGUUUUGCUCUGUUCGCUGCAUUUCGCAGAGUCUAACUGGCUCUUGUUGUCCCCCUGCAGGGUGGGGUGCUGCCGGGUACAGCCAGCCCCCUCAGGCCCACCUCAGUGAACGGCCAGUCAAGGAGAGGGAGCAGCUGACGAUGGAGCUCCAGCAGGUCAAUCAGCAGAUCAACAAGCAGACUGCCCAGGCGGACCAUCCCAGCCCGGAGGAGUGGUCAUCAGGGAGCAUCUCCAGCCAACAGCUGAGCCUGGAGCUCCACCAUGUGGAGAGGGAGAUCGGCAAGAGGACCCGCCAGAUAGCCCUGGAGCACCUUGUGAGUCAUGAUGGGAGUGGGGCGUAUAAGCUGAAGCCCACUGAGAACGGGCAGAGAGCGGAGCACUCGUUGGUCCUCAGUGAGGGCCCCAGUGGUGUGCUGCAGGACGGCAGUGUGGCCAGCUGUGGUUUGUCCUGCCUUACCAGCAAGACCUCGUCCCUCAGCCUGUCUGCAGACCUCUCCAUCGCUGGGGACACUGACCGAAAGACCAACGGCGUGGUCCACCUGUGCUCCUAGCCACACAACUGGAGUCUGGUAUUACCACCACAGCUACAACUAACCGAUCAGUCAACCACAUAGAGCCUUGGGAAACCCUUCGUCCUCUGAACGUUAGAACCGUUCCACUGUCAUUUUGAGACACACAACCAGGCCCUCCAAACUGUCUGGUAUACCCUACCUACAUCUACAUUUGCAAAAUCUGGUUGACGCCACUAAGAGAAUUUUAACUUGAUUACAAAACGUGUAGAGAGAGGCGGCACCUCUCUCCUUGCUUAAAAUGGCAAGAGACCGUUCUAGGUUUCUUACAAAGAGGGAUUUGUGAUAGAAGGGCUAGGAGUAUCGAAGUAACUGAAAAAGCCACUGAUUUGCAAAUGUGGAUGUCGUGCCAUCAUAGACAACGGCACUUCAUUUGAUACAACACAAAUUUGCACACUUGCAACUUUAGUCUGUCUACAACUAAGCAGUAUCUGCCCUGAAUUUAAUAUUUUUUCAUUUUAGUUGUUUUUGUUCUGUGAAUGAAUGUUUUUUUCAUAUAAAAUCUCACCCUGCCUUGGAAACAAUAUGUUUCCAAUAAUGAUUAGAAGAAUAAUAUAACGAUGAGACCAGUUCCCUGGUUUCAAAUAGAUAAGGCCACCAUAAUCGCAUUGACAUUAAUUACAUCUGUUAGCUUCAAAAUGUGCAAUUUUAUUUAGUAUUUUUUGGUAGCAUCGCUACAGCAAUAUUUGUGCUUAGCAUAUAUGCAUGUCCUGAAAUGCGGACUUUGUGUUUGGAAUUAAUAAGUUCUUGUUUCUAAGCUGCAAUGUUAUUUGCCCCCACUUUUUUUUUGUUUUUUUGCUUUUCUUAAGUUUGACUCUUGGUUCUCUGGAGGACAUUUACAUCUUAUCAAAAUAUCUCCAUCGCAUAGAAACAAUACUUGUUGGCAAACGGCUUUGAAUAUGUUUGCGCAUAUCCAAGAUAAUACAAAUUGAAGAUGACACUGGCCUCUUGAAGGCAGAGAACGCCUUUCAACUGGGCAAUUUUGAGAUUUAGAUGAAACUAUCAGAUACAUUUUAACAAGAAGAAAAGGCUCCCUUGUGUCCAAUUCAGUGGCUUGACCCUCUUUUGGCAUCUCCCCUCACUACUACCACCACCUUCAGGAUAUUUACUUCAGCCUCUACCAUCCAUGCUUUGGUAUGGGGCUGAUGAGGAAAAGGAUAUAUACAUUUAGGCUUGGCAUUCAAGCUGUCGUCUUUUGGGUGUAAUUUAAAUGCAGUGAUGGACUAGGUGGGAGGGAAUCACAACAUGGGUCAAGCAUACGUCUGUCUGCCUGUUGAUGGGGGGGAUCAGAGGUACUGGGUAUAUGGAGUAAAGGAAACAGGAACAAAGCCAGACAUGACCCAUGGCUGGAAUUUGAGACCUUGAUCUACAAAACAUAUUUGCACUUUCAUAGCUUUAAGGAUGGUUUGUACUGAGUAUAUGUAUUUAUUAAAUGUACAGUAUUUGCAUCCUGAGGAUGGAUAUAACAUUAAAAGGUCAAACUUAAAACCGCAUUCUGUUUUAAGAAUGUGUAGUUCAAGAUGGCCAUGGUUGCUCCCUAAGGUACUAAUAGUGUUGGCCAUGUUGUACAGAGCAGGGUUCAAACAGCCACUCUGUUUUUAUACAUCAAUCUACUGUAUAUUGAUUUAGUUUUCUGUAGUUACGACAUGUUCACUUCCACAAUUGUGACACCCGGUAUGCUGUCAACAUACCCGUAACACUGCAAAUUACAGGAAAGGUGAAAUUCCUUUUUCAGUUCCUCAUCUCCACUCCUCUGAGCACCUUUUUCACCAAUCGCAGCAGACAUUUGUCUAGUUUUAAUUUAUUUUAACUUCCAAGAAGUUGCUCUAGUAAAAGGGUUUGUGAUGCGUUCCUGGAGGAGGCUUUAAUCAUUUGUAGAUGGGGGUCGAUGCAUAGGUGACAGGCCACUGAACUGGGCUAAGGCAGAACUACAGUUAGCAAAGCAGUUAGCAUCACUGGAGACAACCACAGCACCACCACACAGGGUGAGAGGAGACUAGGAAAGGCAUUUUGAUGACACCAAAUAAGUGCUUUUUCCCCAAAUAUGAACAAAUUAAGUGCUGCAGUUGCAUUAUCUGCAUUACUUUUACAUAUUUUAUGUGCUUAAAUUAUCGCCACCCCUCACACAGACGCAAUUUGUUACUCCCAGAUGCAUGCGAACUAUGAAAUUAAGUACUGCAAGCUUACUUUCCUUCUUGGUAAGAUUAAUUCACAGAAUGUAUUCAAAGGUGUCAUAUUGUGAAAUGGUGGCUGGGAUAUUCCAUUUGAAUUCAAAAUAUAUCCAACAACUGGAUUAGUCAAACUUGUUUUAAAUCUAAUCUUUGUCUUAAUGGAAAUAUUUAAAUGUUUUUUUUUUUGUUUUGUUACAUCUCACUUUUUGAGAUUUUAUUUCAAAUAUGAAAUGGCUUACACUGUAUAUGUAUAGACUAUAUACACAUUAUACUGUACUGUAUUUGUACAGUAUAUGCACAUUAGAGUAUAUACACAUUAUACUGUGUGUGUAUAUACACAUUAUAAUGUAUUUUCAAAGCCAGACAAUGACACUGACUUAAGUCAAUUCGUCUCCUAUAGAAGUUCUCUGCCUUCUGUGCACAUGACAUUGAAAGUUGCUGCCUUUUUUUUGAGUUCUCCCCAGUUUGUCCCAAUGCUUUGUCUGCACUCAUGUCAGAGCAUUGGAUAGCAAUCUAGCAAUAUUAUAGAAAAUGACUGUUAUCAAGAGGACAAUGUAGGCUACUCAAUGCAGUUUGCAUUACUCUUCAUGCUAAUCAUAACCAAUGGUCCUUCAACCCUCCUUAUUAAUUGUGACAGAGUUAAGGACAUGAGGACACGGUCCCUUAAUUGGCAUGGCGUCAUGCAUGUUUGUGGUUACAGAAGUUAUCUGGCUUUAGUCACCUCUAUCAUGUAGAGGGAAAUGAACUGCGUUGUAGUGUAGCCAUCGUGGUGGCUAAAUGAUGGUGGUUGUUUUGUAGUAGUUUUAGAGCACUUCAUAGGGAAAUAAAAUAUCAUUGUGCAAAAGCACCAGUAGUUCUGGGGCUGAACAGAACUGCAGUCAACUAUGCUGUGUGCAUACAUAGCCCAAAAAUAUUUUUAUCAUAAGGUCACAUGACUUGCUUUCCAUACGGAAAGAAUUUCCAUAUGAUAUAUUUGUUUGAUCUCUGUGGCUUUGACAGCCCUGACUUUCUGCCGCCAGGAACUUCAUGUUGGUUAUCUGAAGAGCAGUGUUGUUCCAGAGGUCAAAUGACUAUCAAUACAUCUGUUAAACCAUAUGGUAAAAUCAACUACAACAAUCGCAUUUGGGACUGAACUUCUGGUAAUGCUUACGGUUCAGUUUCAGAUAGCUCUAUGUAUUUGGACGAAUGUUCCUCCAUCAGUGUCAUCAAUACAACAUGUCUCCUUACUCCUGUACAUCCAUCAGUGUCAUCAAUACAACAUGACUGAGCCUUUUAUAAGGAGACCUGUUCCUCCAUCAGUGUCAUCAAUACAACAUGUCUCCCUAUAAAAGGCUCAGUCAUUGCCUUUCCGAAUGUGGGUUAAUCAUGCACACUUUUGUCUUGAAGGUAUGCAGAUCUUUUACAGAGAAAAUCAAAGUCCUCAGGACUUGGUUGAGAGUCGUCGGGGUGUUAGCAGCUAGGCCAGCGAUGCUAAUUUACCAAUUUAGUGAGAUGGGUCAACAUACAGAUUUUACUGUGACUUGACUCGGUGUUUAGGAAUUGGGAUGUCUGAGAUUAGACCAAUGUACACUACCGUUCAAAAGUUUGGGGUCACUUAAAUGUCCUUGUUUUUGAAAGAAACACUUUUUUCCCCCCAUUUAAAAUAACUUCAAAUUGAUCAGAAAUGCAGUGUAGACAUAGUUAAUGUUGUAAAUGACUAUUGUAGCUGGAAACAGCAGAUUUUUUUAAUGGAAUAUAGGUGUACAGAAGCCCAUUUACCAUCACUCAUGUGUUCCAAUGGCACGUUGUGUUAGCUAAUCAAAGUUGAUCAUUUUUAAAGGCUAAUUAAUCAUUAGAAAACCCUUUUGCAAUUUUGUUUAGCUAGUUAAACUGUUGUUCUGAUUUAAAGAAGAAAUAAAACGGGCCUUUAGACUAGUUGAGUAUCUGGAGCAUCAGCAUUUGUGGGUUCGAUUACAGACUCUAAAUGAAACUCGUCAGUCUAUUCUUCUUCUGAGAAAGAAGAAUGUGAGAAAUUGCCACGAUAUUGAAGAUCUCGUACAACACUGUACUACUCCCUUCACAGAACAGCACAAACUGGCCCUAACCAGAAUGAAUAGAAAGAGAAGUGGGAGGCCCCGGUGCACAACUGAGCAAGAGGACAAGUACAUUGGCGUCUAGUUUGAUAAACAGACGCCUCACAAGUCCUCAACUGGCAGCCUCAUUUAAUUGUACCCGCAAAACACCAGUCUCAACGUCAACAGUGAAGAGGGGACUCCAGGAUGCUGGCCUUCUAGGCAGAGUUGCAAAGAAAAAGGCAUAUCUCAGACUGGCCAAUGAAAAGAAAAGAUUCAGAUGGGCAAAAGAACAAAGACGGGACAGAGGAAGAUUGGGAAAAAAGUGUUAUGGACAGACUAAUCUAAGUUUGAGGUGUUCGGAUGACAAAGAACAACAUUCGUGAGACGCAGAAAAAAAUGAAAGGAGGCUGGAGCACCUUCUGUCAAGCAUGGUGGAGGCAAUGUGAUGGUCUAGGGAUGCUUUGGUGGUGGUAAAGUGGGAGAUUUGUACAGGUUAAAAGGGAUCUUGAAGGAAGGCUAUCACCCCCUUUUGCAACGCCAUGCCAUACCCUGUGGACGGUGCUUAAUUGGAGACAAUUUCCUCCUACAAUGACCUAAAGCACAGCUCCAAACUAUCCAAGAACUAUUUAGGGAAGAAGCAGUCAGCUGGUAUUCUGUCUAUAAUGGAGGGGCCAGCACAGUCACCGGAUCUCAACCCUAUUGAGCUGUUGCGGGAGCAGCAAUUUCCUCCUACAAUGACCAUAUGGUAUGUAAGAAGUGCCCAUCAAGCCUAUCCAUCUUGUGGGUGGUGCUUCAGGAAGCAUGAGGUAAUCUGAAGAGAUUUCACCCCAACAAAUUGACAACUAGAAUGCCAAAGGUCUGCAAGGCUGCAAAUGGAGGAUUAUUUGAUGAAAGCAAAGUUUGAAAGACACUUAUUUCAAUCAAUCAUUAUUUAUAACCUUGUCAACAUCUUAACUAUAUUUCCUAUUGAUUUUGCAACUAAUUUCUUGUAUGUUUUCAUGGAAAACAAGAACAUUUCUAAGUGACCAUAAACUUUUGAACGGUGUUGUAUGUUCUUGAUACAUUUAUUCAGUUAUUUGCCUCAAAAAAAUGUUACUAUUUUGUAGACACAUACUGGUCUCUCGAGGCAUCCUUUGAUCUUUAAAAGCACAGAUUUAGGUUGGAUCGGUUUUAAACAUAUAAUUGCUGUGUAACAUGUUUUAUUUGUAAUUAUACUGUCAUUGUUUUUUGUUGCUAUUGCUUGGGAAGGCACUUCACAUUUAAGCAAUCGUAUUGAUUGGCUACAACAGCUUUUGCUGUGACGCAUUGUAGAAGGUUCACCUCUCACCGGUUUUUAUGUUUAUUUUUUAUAUUGCCAUGCUUCAUGGGUGACAUGCUGACAACACUGUGCGUGUGCGUCUGCUUGCGCAUGUUGGUUUUGUAUAUCCACAACAGGCCUGAGCCAGACACAGAGGUUGAAAUAUCAAAACAAACUAUAUUAAUUAUAUAUUAAUUAUAUAUUAUAUUAAUCUUCUUCUGUGGACUUCAAAUGGCGGUUGGCAACCAACUUUAAGGUGCAUUUACCACCACCAACUGGAGUGUGGACCUCAGUUCAGCUUUCAAUCACACACUUGGGUAUAUUUUCCAUAAAAACCAAUGAGGAGAUGGGAGAAACAGGACUUGCAGCCUGUCAAGUGUCAAAUAGAACCAAGUUCUACUUUAACACCUGAAUAUGUCCAUGAAUAUUUCAUGUUUCGACCUGUCCCCAAACUAAUAUAGUUUGUUCAGAGUUUUGAUAUUUCAACCUGUGUCCUGAUGGCAUCUGGUGUGGAUGGACAAAAUCAACAUGCGCAUGAUGGCACAAGCGGACCCACGCACGUCCCGGUGUCGUCGGCAUGUUCGGCUACUUCUUAACAUGCUGUGGUCAAGAACAGCUAUCAGAAUUUAGCAUUUUCCUUGCAUGAAGAGGAAGGAACUACCAUUGCUCGCACUGGGAAAGCUAAUUAACUCUUAAGUUAACUACUUUUCUGGGUUUGUCAAAUUACAUCGUUUGCAUACAUUUUCACAAUUUUGUAUCUUUGUUUUUGCAGAGUUACGGUAUUAUGAUCUUGGCCCAUCAUUGAGGGAACCAUUUUGAAUUGAGCUGUUUAAAGCACCGUCUGUUGCUCAAUUAUAUUUUCAGAAUUAAGUAUUUGCGCUGGUGCAACAUUUUAACCUUUUUUCAAAUUAAUAUAAUAUUGAAACUUAAACAUGCAUGUUUGAAUAUGUCCUUGUAAAGUUUUUGAAGUAUUCAUUUAAUUAGAAAAAAAAUAGGGGAAAAAUUCACGAGUGCUUAGUAAAUGUGAUCCUUUGCAUAGUAUCUGCAUAAGAAUUCUCUUCGCUCCAUACCUUCACUACUAUCUUUUGAAUACUGUCUGGUCUCAGUUGCUCUAUUGUUGAUUAUUGAUUGAAGCUUAAGAAAUGUGACCUGCCUUCCAGCAGGCUAUUGACUAUUUCAAAGUUUAACAUGCAUACAUGUAGGUUUGUCUAUACAGUACAUCAACUUGCAACUGUUAAUUAAACUCCUUCAGGAGUCAGCAUUUAUAUUAAAUGGUCUCUACGAAUCAGCCCUGGAAACAUGAGUCAAUCGGCUGAUUUCCAUUGCAGAGCCGAGGAACCGCUUAUCCUUUCUGAGACAAAGGAGUUCAGUGCCAGAUUCUCUGGGGGGGGGGGGGGGGUUUCCUUGAAGUCUUGCAGCACUAACGUCUUUACGAGUUUUACAAUUGUAAAACUGUGACACGCUAAUAUUAAAGAUCUAUUGAUAUCGGGGGAAACUUGCCUAUUUGUUUACAUAGCCAUUUGGUGUCUGUUAAAUAGAAACCCAGGGAAAUUGUUUGGCAUGUUUUGGCUGUCACGUAGCAUUGUUUGGUCUGUGUUUUAGAUGGUGUUAGGCUCUCAAGAAUUUGAGGACAGAGAUUCGGUCUUUUCCGAGGGGGUUUUCGAUCCUAUGGAGGGGCUCCCGAGUGUCGCAACAGUCUAAGGCACUGCAUCUCAGUGCUCGAGGCGUCACUACAGACCCUGGUUCGAUCCUGGGCUGUGUCACAACCGGCCAUGAUUGGGAGUCCCAUAUAGGAUGGCGCACAAUUGGCUCAGCAUUGUUAGGGUUUAGCCGGGGUAGGCCGUCAUUGUAAAUAAGAAUUUUUCUAAACUGACAUGACAAGUUAAAUAAAAAAAGACCCUUCUAAAAGGAAUGUUUUGGAAGUUGUGUAGAGAUCACAAUAGUCUUAAUUUAUACUUUCUAAUUUAAAUUGUGUGUGUGUGAUAUGAUCAUUAAGACAAGUAUUGGGUAAACACAGUAACACUUGACAGUAGGAUAGCCAUACACCAAGACACGAGCAACUUCUGAAUUCUUUGCCAAGAAUGUCUUGUUCAGUGACUCAUUUGACUAAAUACUGUGGAAUUGUUUACUUUGGACUUAGUUGUCAUUUUUAGCAAUCAUAUGAUGAGUUAAAAAAUAAGUAACAUAGGAUGACACAUUAAACCACCCUGGCAGGGAAUUGAUUUCCAUGUGAGCGGCCAUGUCCCAAUGGGAGAGACCGCUUCAUUUCAGAUUGUUUCUUGUUCACGCUGAACACACUCAUUGCUUCCACUCAAAUUGAAUUCCUUGUAAUAAGAUGGGCUGCUGUUGUAUUUUUUUGAUUUUAUUUUAUUUUUUACAUAUUUUCUAACUUUGGGAAAUGUAAUUGCUUUUGAUUACUACUACCCAAGUUUUCUUGUAAGAGUUUGCUUAAAUUAAGGUACAAGUUUAACUUCAACAUUGUUUUUAUAUUAUACUCCCUUAAGGAAUGUUUAGAAUGAGAUUUCUCCAAUUUGGAUAUAGGUCUUAUACCAUUUUUCUUUGUUUAAAGAAUUCACUGUGUGAAAAUGGGAUUGCGUUUGUAUAAUACAAUUGCUUUUGUUUUGUUUCUUUGAGGAGGGGAGAAGUGGAAGUUUGAAGUAAAUGUAACUUAUGUGCAACAGUGAUUCUUUACUGGCAGGGACUGUAAUUAAACAAUAUUGUGAAACUGA